AGCCCGUUGCCAGGAAGUGACGUUUCUUAGUUACACGCAGGUUGUCACGCUCACACCAACUUUUCCUCAAACGGAACAUGUUAAUGUUUAUUUUUGCAAGUAUCUUCCUUUUUCUACCUGUACUGAGAUGGAAACGACGAGUGCUGGAGCCGUAAAUAUCCUUUGAUGAAGGCUUUUGGAGAUCCAGUGGUUAGAUUUACAGCAGACAGUCAUGUUCAGUCCUAGUGAACUUGAAGGUGAAGUGGAUCACACCUUUUUUGAUAGUGAUGGUGAAGAUGGAAAAGCAGUGGAUGGUAAAAAAGUGGACACUAAGAUGACAACAACAGACAUUUCACCAACAAGUAACAAGAUACAGCCAAAGCCAGCUGAUAACAUAAAAACUACAUCAAAUGAUGAGACAAAUGAAGGCCCAAGGUCAGAGAAUAACAACACCAAAGGUCUUGAAAGAAAUUAUAACAAUAAAGAAAAGGUUCUCAGUACAAAAUCCAGCAAAUACUUAUUGGCCUUAUUGGCUCAAGCGCAAGAUUUUGAAGAAGAUGAAGAAGGCGUUAGACAUUCAGGUUCAGAAAAUAAGAAUGUACAGACAAAUAAGAAACAGGUAACUUAUAGCAGGUGUUCCUCUUCUGCCUCUUCUGAGACCAAUAAAGACACAGAGUCCACUUCAACAUCUGGGCACAGAGGGAGCAGAGCAGGCUCGGCAACAUCUGGAGGUGCUUCCAAUGUCACUUCAGAAGAGCCAGAUGACACAGUGACAGAUGUGAGUCCUAUAUCUUCUGCUGCUAGCAGCCAUUUACAGUCCCCAGAUCUAAACCACUCUGAAACUGAAGAUGACAGUGUGGAGCAACAGCAGAGUUUGCCCUCCAGUGGCCUUCAUAGUGCACAACACCAUGAGCACUUCAGUCAGGAGGAAGAUGAUUACUCCUUAAGUUCAGGGAGUCGUCUGGACAGUCAUGUGGCGGUGCAGUUUACUGGUGCAAGGCAUCGCAAGAACUACUCAUUCUCCAACGAUGAAGUCAAACGCAUAGAUCGUGAGAACCAGCGUCUUCUUCGGCAGCUUUCCCGCUGCUCUUUUGGUUCAAGACCAGGAAGUGCAUCAGGACAGAGGCAUUGUGGGACGUCCAGCACUCCACUGAAUCGUCUUUCUCACAGCGCCCUCAACAGACUGCGAGAACAAAAACGCAUUGAGCGGGACAAUAUAGGAGAAAAAUGUAUAUUGACUAUUGCACAGGGCUUUCACUGGAGUGGAAAGUAUUUCUGUAUGAAAAUGGCUGAAUACGGUAAAGACACUGCAUACAGAAAGCAACCUGCAGAGCUUGUCUUCAUUUAAAAACCCAUUGAGCUUUCAAUUGGUCCAGACACGUGUGUUCAUUCAUUAAUUUUGUUUGUUGUGAUCCUAUGUUGUGUUUGCGCAGCACUUUACAGUUACUAGUUGUGGUAAAGUUAGUUUCAGUCUGUGAGAGCCACCCUUGAAAGCAGACACGAUGGAAGUGAACAGAUGGCAGCAGGUGGCACACGCUGCAGGCAGCACCGUGCUCUUCUGCAGAGCUCUCCUCUCACCCCAUAGUGCUCCUCUGACUGACCAGUUAGCCAGUAAUUCCAGAAACUUGAUUCAAAUAAAUAAUUAUUAAUCUAUAACUAUAAUAUUAAUUUCUUAAAGUAAUUAUGUUAACUUUUAUACAGUGUAUUUGUUAUAAGUUAUUUGAAGUUAAAAGUUGUGAAGUUUAGGAUGUUUGGCUCUUGUGCAGAACACGCUGUUCUGGCUCUGUGUCGUCACAAAUGCUUUUCGCCCUCUCUAUUCUUAGAGUGAAGUAAUUGAAUAUGCUGUCUGAUGAGCUUUUCCACUCUACCCUUAACAUGUGUAACGCAACAACUGUGUGGAACCAGCUCAUUACACUUCACCCUGGGCACUUGCUUUGAUUUUUGCUCAAAUUAUUAAGCUAAUUAUUUUGUUGCUAAUUUCAUUUUUUUGUAUUUGUUUUUCACAUUAUGGACUUGCUGGAGAAUAUUCCUUACUAUAAAACUAUUCAAGUGUAGAAUAUGCAAGAGUAGCUGCAUGCAUCACUUUGUGAUUGUUGUAGUAGUAGUAGUAAUUUUAAUUUGACCAUUCUUUGUAUUUGGUUUGAUAUUUUUCUUGAUGUCCAAUUUCUGAAUUUGAAAUUUUUCAUCCUAUUUUUGUCUAAAUCUGAGACAUUUUUUUCUCUGCUGUGGCUCCCAAAAUGAAGACGCUUCUUUCAAAUUGAAUUUUUCCUUACAGAGUUGCCAAAGCAAACUGUCUAUUUGUAGUUUUCUGAUAUAUUGAGAAUUCAUAGGGUACAACUUAAUAAUAAUACUAAUAGCAUAUUCAAAAAACAUUGAUUUGCGGUUUGAAGAUUUUGCUGGAAUGUUCUCAUAAUGUUUUAUUUG